GUUUCUCUUCUAUGAAUUUUAUCCCCAAAUUGUGAAAGAGAAAACACAAAGUGUCGCCACAUUUUCAGCAGGGCAGCGGAGCGGCUGUGGAUUGACUCUCCACGGUUCUCAUGAGCUUUAUAAGUCCCGCCUCCUGCCUGAGAGUGAACAGCAGACUGUUAACGCGACAGAGAAAGACAGACAUGGCAGAAGAAGCUCCAGCAGCUCCCGCGGCGAAAGCCCCGGCCAAAGCUCCCAAGAAGAAGGCAGCUCCCCGGGCAAAGAGUGACGGACCCUCCCUCCCGAAGCUUAUCCUUGACGCCGUGACUGAGUCCAAGGACCGUAAAGGCACCUCGCUUCCGGCUAUCAAAAAGACGUUGGCCACCAAAGGUAUCGACCUGGAGAAGGCCAACAAACGCAUCAACACCGCGGUGAAGAAGCUGGUGACCGACGGAAAGCUGGUCCAGAAUAAAGGGAUUGGGGCUUCCGGAUCCUUCAAGCUCCCCAAGGCUCAGCCUAAAGCCGCCAAAACGGCCAAGAAAGCUCCCGUUAAAGUGAAGAAACCCGCUGCCAAGUCCCCGCAGAAGAAAACAGCGGCUAAGAAAACAGCAGUAAAGAAGACGGCAGCUAAGAAAACCGCCGUUAAGAAACCAGCAGCCAAGAAACCAGCAGCCAAGAAGUCUCCUGUGAAGAAAGCUGCCAAAAAGCCAGCAGUCAAAUCUACUCCAAAGAAGGCUGCCCCGAAAAAGGUCGCCAAGAAGAAGACCCCUUUGAAGAAAGCUCCGGCAAAGAAAGCUGCAGCGAAGAAGACCAAGAAGUAAAGUGGCUCUUUAAUCUGCACUCAGUGCUCCAAAAGGCUCUUUUAAGAGCCACCACACAUUCACCAAAGAGCUGUUUUCCUACAACAUUAUCAUGUCUGUUUUCAUUGUUUUGUUUUUCUAUUUAUUAUAUCAAAACA